UGCUUAUUUGGCGUUAACCGCGUGAGCAAAAAUCCGUAUAUUCUACUACAGGAAGGCGCGACCUAUCGGAGAAUGUCUCAUUCAUCAAAGAAAAAAAUCGGAGAAAUGUCUCUUUCUCCUCUCUCAGCUUCCUCAUGCAGCCUCAGCUGAGCUGCAGCAACUCAUUCUGAGUUCCUCUUUUUUUUCUCUAACUGAGCUUCAAAUUCUUACAAAAGAUGCUAAUAGCAGCAGCUAUUCUUACACAUGGCGUCUCCUUACUGCCUCCAAAACCUAUUUGGCAAUACGUAAGAAGUACAAGCUCUUUCAGUGACCCUCAUCGAUCGUUUCCCAAGGAGGGUCGGAAAUCCAUUCUGCAUCUCUUCAACUGUAGUGGAACGCUUCCUGACAGGAUUAGAAGCUUCCAGCCUCGAGCUUCAGAAAAUUCUGAUGCUUCAACAUCAGGAAAUACUCCUCAUGGGCAAGACGCAGCCACUGAUGAAGUACUUGAAGAUUGGAAAACUGAAACCAGUAGCACAGGUAGUUCAUUCCUGGCAAAAUUAGCAAUUGCUUUGGGCAUAGCUGCAACAAUCACAGUAAUUUCUGUUGGCUUCAAGUGGCCUACUCUGGGAUCAUCCCUUUCGGCUCCAUCUCUGGUCGACAGUGCAUCAACUUCUGUUCCAGUUGCUCCUGUUGGCUUCACUUUUAAAGUUUUCAGACAGAGAGUUGUACUACCUGAAUAUGCUCCAGGGUGGAUCUAUUUUUGGUUGCUCAUGGCUGCUGGUUGUGGACUUUUCAUUAGUGAAGAGGCUUUAAAUAUUUGGGUAGGCAUAUCGUUGGCCCGGAUGCUAUGUUUGGAUGGAACUUCGAAGUCAUUUGCUGAAUCUUUCUCAAGGAAUGCCCCCUACAUAAUAUCCACAGUUCUGUGGGUUUAUUGGGGUGUUUGUAUCAGUGAUAUGGUACCGUUUUACCUGGGGAAGCUUUUUAGGAAGUCUGGGGCAUCCGACGACAUUUGUUCUAAGGUAGGAAUUAGCAAAGAGAAGGCGUUGAACAUUACUCAGGUUGUCCAGAGAUAUGGUAAUCUCAUUGGUUUUGUGGAACGGUUUUCUCUAGGAGUGAGGAAUCCAACAUCUUUUCUAGCAGGAGCACUGGGGAUAUCUUCAGAGUGUUUUUUUGCUGGCGUUUGUUUUGGUGGCUUGAUCACUCUCCCCAUUCAGUUAGGGAUUGGAUUCUUGUUGAGAGAGCGCCCUGUGAUGGCCAUUGCUAGUGUUGCUACAGCUGUGGGUAUUUGGACUGUAUUUCCAUAUACUAUGGCUGCUUUGACUGCAUUGUUCCUCUUCUUGCGCCAACGUUACUUCAGCCAACCAGGUUCAGACUUUGAUCAGUUUAGGAAUCCUCAACAGAAUAUGGGAAAUUAGUCCAAGCUCCUUGAGGUGCUGGCAUACAUCCUUGAGGUACUUCAUUGAAGUACCAUUACUAUAUUCUCUCCUCUCCUUCCCCCAC